ACUGCGGCAAAAGGAAGCACAGGCAUGCAACACAUGAUUGUCGACAUGCUGCUGGUAGAUCUGAAUGUGGCGCGCAAGUGCACAGUCGACGAAGACGUUCGUAUCGUAGUAAGUCCCGAUAAGCUGGACUACGAGUUCGACCGAAAGGACGAUUUCGCGGUGAGAGUUGCGCUGAAAGUUCGGCACUUGUGCACCAAAAAG